AUGGUUGCAAAACGACAGGCGCCUGAAAUACCUUCAGGUAUGCCUCAAGCUACUCUGGACCCGGCGGCACCCGUCGCAGUGACUCCAGUUACAACUGCUGUUCCAGCUGCCCCAGGGCCAGCUGAUGGUAACCAGGCUUCUCCGACUAUGAGUUCGUGGGUUAUACAACCAAAACCUUCUCCUAUCACCUCAUGGGACGCUGGAGCUGGACAGCCUGGCGUUGUAUCCACGAUCUCACCUCCAUUGAUAACCAAGUCCCCCAAAGCAACGACGAGAAAGACCUCCUCCACGGCCUACAGCGAGCCUACAACAAGCACCCAACCUAACCAGCUUCAUAACUCCGGCAAUAUCUCUAGUAGUGGCUACAGCAGUGGGAUACUGGCUGGUGCAAUUGUCGCCUCUGUGAUCGGCAGUGCCUUUCUGGCUCUUCUGGCUGCUUACUUCUUUUUUGGCCGACGACGAUCGAAGAAAGGAAACUCUCAGGAAGACAGUCAUACAAGGGAGGCACUGAGAGAUAAGAAUUACGAUUCGGAAACUCCUAGUUCCCGGGGCCACCUAAGUGGCACGCGUCCAUACUCGGGUAUACCUGAUAAUCCGACCAUAAUCCUACCACAUGCUUUACAUGCGGAGCGAGGAAGCCUGGGAGACUACAUUCCCACUCCGGCUGAUGAUAAGACAGUCCAAAGCCGUGUCUUGACCGUCUUUGACCAUCUGGCUCUCCAUGUGGAAAAUUAUUAUUCUUGCAGCUCGCCUCUGAAUCUCGAUUCUUCCGAAUCAACUCAAGAUGUAGCCAUGAUCAACAGCUACAAUUCUACCUUCCUCCCGGCGCCAGUGGCUUCGUUGCUAUUACAAUCUAACGAUCGAGAACCGAUUAUAAAGCACUGCCUCCUCCAGUCUAUCAUUCCGCUUAUUUUCUACGCUAUUUCAUCUCCAUUCCGGUCCGAAGGAAACUCAUUCCUUCCACCUAUAUACGCCGUAUCUAGAUAUUUCCGAGAUAUACAGUUACACCAAGAUCAAGUAGCAAGCCAAGUCCAGUUUCAUUGGCGAAUGUUAACCGCGCAUGGCUAUCGAGGAAUACCAACGACACAAAAGCAAGCUUACAUCUCCGCACGGGGCAAAGAUAUCUCUAGAGCAGUCGAGACCUUCACCACCGCGUUCCGAUCCUAUGCUAGCCCUCACCACCCAGAGUCAGAGCGUAUUCGCCAUCUAACUAAGGUGAUGGAGGAUGCGGCAGAGUUAGGUAUUUGGCUCUUUGAACAGCCAUGUGGGUAUGAGUUCAUCUGGGAUGAUGUACCUGCCGGGAAAGUGGUUGUAUCGCCUGCGAUGGUGAAAGUAUUUGAUGAGCAAGGGAGACAGCUAAAAGUCACGAAGACUAUUAUCAAAGCUGAUGUUGCCCGUUAUAUGUAA